GUCACAUGUAAUAUUUGCUCCUCUUAUACACCUUUUUAUUCUGUUAAUUAUUGUUCGAGAACUUGAAAUAUAGAAUCUCUCAUCCUAGCUGAUUAUUUUCAUUAUAGCUGCAAACAUUUUGGGUCUAGUGGCUUUAAAGUUGGCAGAUGAGGUGUUAUUGCCUUUUGAUUACAUGUCCUAUGCAUAUGAGCUCCAGAAAAGCUUAAAGGUGUUGGAAAAUAAGUUGCUAGGAAAGCCAGUGAGUUUGGUGCCAUUACAUGAGUCUAUACAAAAAUUCAGAGAGGCAGCUUCCAACGUAGAGAACCAGAGGAAGGAAUUGGAAGACAAGGCUUUAUUUUCAAAGUGGAUGAAUGACCCAAUUAAAAUUCGAGAACUCAAUGAUAGGUUGAUGUUGACAGAAAGGGCAUUUACGGAUCAAGAUGGUCUCUUUGGAAGGCCUUGGUUCAAACAUUUGGUAUAUGGACCAUCAAAUCAUAAUGUGUACUUAUCAACGGCCUUUCCAAGCAUAGAUGAUGCCAUUGAACAGGUGAGAGUUUCAAAAAGGUCGGAUUCUUGGCGAUUGGUUCAACAUGAAAUUUGGAGAGUUGCUAGAGCUAUUACUCGAGCUUCUGGUGUGCUUACUGGUAAGCUAACGUGAUUUCAAAUUCUUUGGACUUUGAUAUAUGUAUGUAUGUAUGCAUGUUUGUAUGUUUGUAUGUAUGUGCAUGUAUGUUUGAAUCUUAUAUCUUUAAAUAAAAGAGAUUGUUUUAGAAAAAUGAGAGGAGAUUGUCACUAAAAUUAGCCUCCAUCAAGCCUAUAAAGUCAGGAUGAAUCUUUAUUGUCUUGGCAUUUUUCAAUAUAACACAAAUGAAUGGUCAAUGAAAGUAGAGAGUGCAACAUAUUUCCAUGGUGCUUUGCUAG